GGGAAAUGAAUUGCGCGUAAAACGCAUGAUAUACGUUGGAUACAAUUCAUACCAGUUCAGUGGCAUGGACGCGCAAAUGUUUAGAUCGGUGUGUUAGACGAACAGGUGUGUUUGAAUAGCCGCAACCACUACCCCUUGCCACCAUGUUCCUGUACUCGCUGACCCUCCAGCGGGCCACGGGCAUCGUGCAGGCCAUCCAUGGCAACUUUGCCGGCACCAAGCAGCAGGAGAUCGUCGUGGCCCGGGGGAAAACCCUGGAGCUGCUCAAGCUGGACCCCAACACGGGCAAGCUGCACGUCGUGCUGACGUACGAGAUCUUUGGCAUCAUCCGAGCGCUGAUGGCCUUCAAGCUGACGGGAGGCAGUAAAGAUUACAUUGUUGUUGGGAGUGACUCGGGCCGUAUUGUCAUCUUGGAAUACAACCAGUCCAAGAACACCUUUGACAGGGUGCAUCAAGAGACCUUUGGCAAGAGUGGCUGCCGACGCAUCGUCCCGGGCCAGCUCCUAGCCGUGGACCCCAAGGGUCGUGCCGUCAUGAUCGCCGCCAUUGAGAAGCAGAAGCUGGUCUACAUCCUGAACCGUGACUCCCAGGCCAGGCUGACCAUCUCCUCCCCCCUGGAGGCUCACAAGUCCAACACCUUCUGCUACAACAUCGUGGGUGUGGACGUGGGCUUUGAGAACCCCAUGUUUGCGUGCUUGGAGAUUGAUUAUGAGGACGCCGAUUCCGACCCGACUGGCGAGGCAGCCGCAGCCACUCAACAGAUGCUGACUUACUACGAGCUGGACCUGGGCCUGAAUCAUGUGGUUAGGAAGUACAGCGAACCCCUGGAAGAACAUGGCAACUUCCUCAUCGCUGUUCCUGGCGGUAGUGAUGGUCCGAGUGGUGUGCUGAUCUGCUCCGAGAAUUACAUCACCUACAAGAACCUGGGCGACCAGCCAGAUAUCAGAAUGCCCAUCCCUAGAAGACGGAAUGACUUGGAUGAUCCAGAGAGAGGCAUGAUCUUUGUCUGCAGUGCAACACACAAAACAAAGUCCAUGUUCUUCUUCCUGGCCCAGACAGAACAGGGAGACAUCUUCAAAAUCACCUUGGAAACAGACGAGGACAUGGUGACCGAGGUCAGAAUGAAGUACUUUGAUACGGUGCCCGUGGCGACCAACAUGAAUGUACUCAAGACUGGCUUCCUGUUUCUGGCAGCUGAGUUUGGAAACCACUACCUGUACCAGAUUGCCCAUCUCGGCGACGAUGACGACGAGCCAGAGUUCAGCAGCGCCAUGCCCCUGGAGGAAGGCGACACUUUCUUCUUUGCUCCCCGCUCCUUGAAAAACCUGGUGGAGAUUGACCAGAUGGAGAGCCUGUCGCCCAUCAUGAACUGCCAGAUUGCAGAUUUGGCCAACGAAGACAACCCUCAGCUGUACGUGGCGUCAGGCAGGGGCCCUCGAUCCUCCCUCAGAGUGCUUCGGCACGGUCUGGAGGUAUCAGAAAUGGCUGUGUCUGAGCUGCCAGGUAACCCCAACGCUGUCUGGACAGUCAAGAAACUCAGUGAUGAUGAGUUUGAUGCUUACAUCAUCGUGUCCUUCGUCAACGCCACCCUGGUCCUGUCCAUCGGUGAGACCGUAGAGGAAGUGACUGAUUCCGGUUUCCUGGGUACCACGCCCACCCUGUCCUCCUCUCUGAUCGGAGACGACUCCCUCCUGCAGAUCUACCCCGAAGGUAUUCGUCACAUCCGAGCCGACAAGCGUGUGAACGAAUGGAAGACACCGGGCAAGAAAAGCAUCGUCAAAUGUGCCGUCAACCAGAGACAGGUUGUCAUUGCACUGACGGGAGGGGAACUGGUGUAUUUUGAAAUGGACCCAACUGGCCAGCUGAACGAGUACACCGAACGCAAGGAGAUGUCAGCCGACGUCAAGUGUAUGAGUCUUGGCAGCGUGCCAGCCGGUGAGCAGAGGGCUAGAUUCCUGGCAGUGGGGCUGGAUGACGAUACUGUCCGAAUCAUCUCACUGGACCAAUCAGACUGUCUGCAGCCGCUUAGCAUGCAGGCCCUCCCCGCCCCGGCCGAGUCUCUCUGCGUCGUGGAGAUGGGAGGCACCGAGGCCACAGAGUCUGGAGAGAGAGGAAUGACUGGUGGACUCUUCCUGAACAUCGGACUGCAUAAUGGUGUGUUGUUGAGGAUGGUGCUGGACUCUGUCACCGGCGACCUAUCCGAUACCAGGACCAGGUAUCUGGGUUCCAGACCGGUCAAGCUGUUCAGAAUCAAGAUGCAAGGCUCGGAGUCUGUCCUAGCCAUGUCCAGUCGGUCCUGGCUCAGCUACUGGUACCAGUCUCGGUUCCAUCUCACCCCUCUGUCUUACGAGACUCUGGAGUACGCCUCUGGGUUUGCCUCGGAGCAGUGCCCCGAAGGCAUCGUGGCCAUCUCCACAAACACACUCAGAAUCUUGGCGUUGGAGAAGCUGGGCGCCGUCUUCAACCAGGUCUCCAACCCGCUGACCUACACGCCGCGCAAGUUUGCCAUCCACCCGGAGAGCAACAACAUCGUGAUCAUCGAGUCGGACCACAACGCCUACACGGAAACCACCAAGGCUAUGCGCAAACAGCAGAUGGCCGAGGAAAUGGUGGAAGCGGCCGGUGACGAGGAGAGAGAAUUGGCCGCCGAGAUGGCCGAAGCCUUCCUACAAGAGGACCUCCCUGAGAGCUUGUUUGGUGCCCCUAAGGCCGGGCCAGGCAUGUGGGCCUCUCUCAUCAGGCUACUCAACCCUGUCAGUGGGACAACGCUUGACUCCGUAGCUCUGGAACAAAACGAGGCCGCAUUCAGCCUGUGCGUAUGCAAGUUUUCCAACCGUGGUGACGACACCUUCGUAUUGGUCGGCACAGCCAAGGACGUGACACUGAGCCCACGGACCUGCUCCGGGGGCUUCAUACACACCUACCAGCUGGUGGACGAUGGCAAGAAACUGGAACUGCUCCACAAGACCCCAGUGGACGAUGUUCCGUCAGCAAUUUGCCCGUUCCAGGGGCGUGUCUUGGUGGGUGUGGGAAGAUUGCUCCGAAUCUACGACCUGGGCAAGAAGAAGAUGCUUCGCAAGUGUGAGAACAAACAUAUUCCCAACUUCAUCAUCAACAUCCAGACCUCGGGCCAGCGCAUCAUCGUCAGCGAUGUCCAGGAGAGCAUCCACUUCAUCCGCUACAAGCGUCAGGAGAACCAGAUGGUCAUCUUCGCCGACGACACCCACCCGCGUUGGUUGACGGCCACCGCGUGUCUGGACCACGACACCAUGGCCAUCGCGGACAAGUUUGGAAACGUCAGCAUUAUACGACUGACGCCAGGCACCAACGAUGAAGUCGAUGAGGACCCGACGGGAGUCAAAGCCCUCUGGGACCGGGGUCUCCUCAGCGGCGCCUCCCAGAAAUCCGAGAUCAUCAUCAAUUUCCACGUUGGCGAUACAAUCCUCUCCCUGCAGAAGGCUACGCUCAUCCCCGGAGGUUCCGAUUCGCUGGUCUACACCACGCUGUCGGGGGCCGUCGGGAUACUGGUACCCUUCACAUCGCACGAGGAUCAUGACUUCUUUCAACAUCUUGAGAUGCACAUGCGUUCAGAGUUCCCGCCUCUCUGUGGUCGGGAUCACAUCUCCUACAGGUCCUACUUCUUCCCCAUCAAGAAUGUGAUUGAUGGGGAUCUGUGCGAGCAGUUCAACUCCAUGGAUGCCAGCAAGCAGCGUAGUGUGGCCGACGAACUGGACAGAAACCCUAGCGAGGUCUCCAAGAAGUUGGAAGACAUCAGGACCAGAUUCGCAUUCUAGAAGUUUGUCGUGACCAUCUUUCUCAAUGACUGAAGAAGACUAUUGCUUCUUGGUUUUAAAAGGCCUUCAGAUCUAACCCUAUUGUUGGACCCUUUAAGAAGGAGGCUUUGGGAGGAUUUUGGAGAAUUAAGGAGCUUUUUGACCCUUGAAAGUUGGAACAUUGAGCUGUGCCUUUUGGAAUAUCGCAAGGUGGUGGAAUUUUGGAGGAAGGUCCUACCAAAAAUGCUUAAGAAGUCGGGGUUAAUUUCUUUGGUGAAUCCAGCACCUCAAAUUAAGAAAGAAAAAAAAGGGUUUCAAUUUUCAGAUGGGAAAAAUAUGCUCGUGUCUUUGAAAAAUUGGCAAGAAUUCUGUCACAUGUCCAUUAGUCCGGGAGUUUCAUUCAGCUGUUUAAUUCAAAAGAAAAUGUUGGCAGAUUUCUCAAAAUGUGGUUAAUUGUUGAACAGUAAAUCAUAUGAAUUAAGCCACAUGUGGCCUCUGAGGGAGAAAUUAUCUUACGGAGCAGGUGAUCUGUUGUCCCAAUUUUUACACAAUUCACUGUACAUAUUCUAGUUGCAAUAGAAACUUUUGUCUCUCUAUUUGUAAAUACAUUUGUUAAUUUCUAGCAUAGACUCUCAGUUUUUGUUGUACAAACAUUAAGACCAUUAGAAAACUCACUGACCGAAGAUUGCCAUAAUUGCAUGUCAGGCACCAAGCACCAGGUUAUCAAUCAUUUUCAGUAGGUCCUUGUGAUAAACUGUGUUUACUUUCCCCAAAUUUGUAAAAAUCCUCUUUUGUUGAAGGUUAAAAUGAAGGAUACAGCUGAAAUCAUGUUUUUCUUUGGUUUUCGCUAUUGUCCAUCAUUUUUACUCGUGCUACAUAUAACUUCUUGUAAAUAAUACCACAGUAAAGAUCACGGAAUUAAAGUAAAUAAAAAUGUUUAAAAUUGA